UGAAACCCACUCUGCUAAAAAUCAAUUCCUUCUCACCUUUUCCUUCUCUGCUUUAAGCUUCUCUCUCUGGUCUCUGCACUUCAACCACAGAGAAUUGAGUGAGAGAGAGAUGGGGGCGAGAAAGACCUUUUUUUUUGCACAAUGAAUGGAGGACUGAAACCUCUUCUUCUGAGAAGAAGAUGGCAAUUCAACUACAAAACGAGCAACAAAUAGAACAACAACAACAACAACAACACCCUUCAUCCUUGCUGGAUGCUCUGUACUGCGAGGAAGAGACAUGGGAGGAGGAGGAAGAAAUCGAGCAAGUUUUAGAAGGGGAGAGUACUGAGAGUAGGAUAUAUAGCAGCAAAAACAUUAAUGUUAAUAACAGUACUUCUCUUGUUCCUUUGCUCUUGUUGGAGCAAGAUUUGUUCUGGGAAGAUGAAGAGCUUGUUUCUCUCUUCUGCAAAGAACAAGAAGAAGCUCAUCUUGAUAACAGCAUUGCGGAAACAGACUCUGCUAUCUCUGUGGCUCGUCGUGAGGCUGUGGAGUGGAUGCUCAAAGUUAAUGUCCAUUAUGGGUUCUCGGCUCUCACAGCAACCCUAGCCAUUAACUAUCUCGAUAGGUUCCUCACAAGCCUUCAUUUUCAGAGAGAGAAGCCGUGGAUGAUCCAACUUGUGGCCGUGGCUUGUCUCUCUUUGGCUGCAAAAGUAGAAGAGACCCAAGUACCCCUUCUCUUAGACCUACAAGUGGAGGAUACAAAUUAUGUUUUUGAGGCCAAAACUAUUCAAAGAAUGGAGCUCCUGGUGCUCUCCACUCUUCAAUGGAAGAUGCACCCUGUGACCCCACACUCAUUUCUUGACCACAUCAUAAGGAGGCUUGGAAUGAAGUCACAUCUCCACUGGGAAUUCCUCAGACGCUGUGAGCAUGUCCUCCUGUCUGUGGUUUCGGGUUCAAGAUUCGUCCGUUAUCUUCCUUCUGUUUUGGCUGCUGCCACUAUGAUGCACGUUAUAGAUCAAGUUGAACCGUGCAAUCCCAUAGAAUACAAAAACCAGCUUCUGGGCAUCCUUAAAAUAAGCAAGGAAAAAGUGAAUGACUGCUAUAAUCUCAUGAUCACUAAGCUAUCAAAGGCCUAUAAUUGCGGACACAGCAACCCUCACAAGCGCAAGCAUGAAGAAAUUUCUAAUUCUGGCAGCCCAAAUGGUGUACUUGAUGCCCUUUUUACAUCUGAUAGCUCCAACAAUUCUUGCGCUGUGGGGUCCUCCUCGGUAUAUUCAUCGUCAGAGCCUCUGUUCAAGAAGAGCAGAACCCAUGAACAUCAAACGAAAUUACCAACAUUCAAACGGGUCUCCGUUGGCAUUGUUAGCAGCCAUCCAUAAUCCCUCUCUCCCUCCCCCCAGGCCCCCACCACCCCAAAAACGAAGUUAGAGUGCAUUCCGCUUAUAAGGGAGAAGAAAAAAGAAAAAAAUAUUAAAGAAAAAAGAGAAGUGGCCGUGCCAGCUUCCAGUCCAUCUCUGCAUUUCCAACAAUGUCCAGCAUAUAUUCAUGCAUGCACGUACGUCUUGGAGAGGAAACACAUGCAGCUGUGGAGAUGGAUCGCACUUUGCAGGAAAAGAAGGGACAAGAUCAGUGACAUUGAAGAUAAUAAAUAUAAUAUUCGUGUAUAUGUUUUUGGCACUCUCUUCUCUUUCUGGAAGCCUCCUCGUUAGACAUAUUUUGUCUGGACAGAAUUAAAUAAUUUAUAUGAUAUUAAUUCUAUUAUAA